AUGGAGGCGCCGGCGGACCUGGUGCCGUCGGUUGAGGCACCUCUUGCCCAACACGAUGAUGCUACUACCAAGCCCGCCCUGACACCACCUACGAGCGAGGACAACGACAAGAGGGAUGAGAGAAUGUCGUCGGAACUAUCAGAUCUCGACAGCGAUGACGGCGAGGACAUUGAACCCGACCAUUACUUUGAAGGAGGAAAGAUACCCGUCUUCAAGCCGACAAUGGACCAAUUCCGCAACUUCAAGCGCUUCGUCGACAAGAUCGACAAGCACGGGAUGAAGUCUGGCAUCGUCAAGGUCAUCCCACCAAAAGAAUGGCGCGACUCCCUUCCCGAUCUCAGCGAUGCCAUCAAGGCGAUCAAAGUCAAGAACCCCAUCAUGCAGGAGUUUGCUGGACAGCACGGUAUCUACACACAGGCGAACAUUGAGAAGCAGCGAUCGUACAACCUGCCGGAGUGGCGCGCCGUGACUGAUGAGCCGCACCACCAACCUCCGGCUAAGCGAGGCGAGCGCCGGAAAGCUGCCGCAGAGGCUCCAUCUCGCUCGCGCUCCACACGCGCUCAGGCCGCCCCCGCAGUCACCGAUGACGCCUCAUCUGCCACCAAGCGCAGGCCUGGCCGUCCGGCCCGAAGGCGCCAGGUGAAGAAGGAACCAAUCGACGACGAUGACGACGACGACGCAGAGUCCAUCGACGUUCCCCCUACCCCCACUUCGCCGGGUAAGGAAGAGAAGCAGAGCUCGACUAAAGGGCUCAAGAAAGAGACCCACAACGACACAACACCAACCAAAGCACGUGGACGCCAACCAAAGACUGUUGACCAGAAGAAGUCGGUCUCGUCUCGACGACUGAAUAACCGAGGCGCCGUGGCAGACUAUAUUGACGAGGAGGCCUUUGAUGACUUCGACUAUCACCUCCCUGGUCUUGAAGAAUAUUCCGUCGAACGGUGCAAGGAGCUCGAAGACAACUACUGGAAGACUAUUAAUUAUGGAGCGCCCAUGUAUGGAGCGGAUAUGCCGGGCUCUCUCUUUGACGAUCGCACGACGUCUUGGAAUGUCGCCAAACUCCCGAAUCUGCUCGACGUGCUUGGAACGAAAGUGCCGGGCGUCAACACUGCCUACCUCUACCUCGGCAUGUGGAAAGCCACCUUUGCUUGGCAUCUCGAGGAUGUGGAUCUCUACAGUAUCAACUACAUCCACUUCGGCGCUCCCAAGCAAUGGUACAGUAUCUCGCAGGAGGACGCUCGACGUUUCGAGGCAGCCAUGAAGAGCAUCUGGCCGCGCGAUGCAAAGAACUGCUCACAGUUUCUACGGCACAAGACCUACUUAAUCUCGCCUCAGCGACUAGAGAAGGACUUUAACAUCAAGGUCAACCGACUAGUCCAUUAUGAGGGCGAGUUUGUCAUUACCUACCCAUAUGGCUACCAUUCUGGCUACAAUAUUGGCUACAAUUGCGCAGAGUCGGUCAACUUCGCGAAUGAGUCUUGGUUAAGCUAUGGCAGAAUUGCUAAAAAGUGCGACUGCGAGUCAGACAGCGUCUGGGUCGAUGUCAACGAGAUUGAGCGCAAGCUGAGAGGCGAGCCAACUCCCGAAUAUUAUGAGGAGACUGACGAUGACGAGGAUGAUGAAGAUGGUGCAGAUCAUCUUCCGAGUCCCCCGCCCAGUGUUGCUGGUAGGUCUAAAGGAAAGGCUGGCCGGAAACCGGCCAACAAUAAGAGGAAGCGCGGUAAAGAGAAUCCCAAAGACGCACCUCGACCGAAGAAGCUCAAGCGAAUCCGCAUCCGCAUUAGAAUUCCAGGACGGGGUAUGCCUUGCGUUCUGUGUCCCAACGAUGUUGAAUACGACGAUCUACUGCCGACGGAUAACGGUAUGAAGGCUCAUCGGAUCUGUGCCGACUACACACCAGAGACUUUUAUCUCUACCAAGGCGGAUAGCGAGACCGUGUGUAACGUGGCCAAUAUUGCCAAGGACCGUCUCGAGCUCAAGUGCAACUAUUGUCGAUCGAAGCGCGGCGCCGUCUUUCAGUGCUCCCAGAAGAAGUGCACCAGGGCCUUCCACGCUACGUGCGCGGUAGCAGCUGGUGUACAGGUUGAUCUUGGCCCCAUGCCGACAUUCGACGAGGAGGGCACGGAAUAUUUUUACGACGGGUAUGACUUCCGAUGCCGCUUCCAUCGUCCGAAGAAGAGAAACAAUAAGACGGUUGAUGUCGAUUCAUUGGAAAAGGACAGAUUCAUCCUCGCCUAUGGCAAGACACUCAAGCCAAAGGAUGUCGUUCAAUUCCAGUAUGUUGGUGGCGAAAUGUACCAGAUCUAUGGCGCACAAGUUGUCGAGAACAGACCUGGCGAGCAAGCAGUACUCGUGGACGUGCUGCCUGAUGGUGACCGGGUCGAGGUGGAGUGGAAAUAUAUCCUGAAGUUGCACCCGGAUGAAUCCCAACGACUGAAGCCAUCUGCGAAUGCUAAGCCUCUGCCCGAGCAUCUCAAGGAGAGCGAUGCAUCGCUCGACAUCACCAAUCGUACAGAUGGCGUUCCCGAAAUGGGCGAUCCGUUUCACGAUCCCAACUCUGUGCAAAAGUGGGCCGAAUGGAACAUCGCUCCUGAGGUUACUCAGAAGCUGGCAAAAGUUGACUUUGGCAAAGAGAACCGACUUUGGUACUACCUUGGAAAGCCAUCGACUGAAGCUAGGCCGCAGUAUACCGAGGAUCCUGCAAACCCAAAGAACAAUCCAAAGAGCAGCUUUUUGGACACUGUUAAGCCUCCAGCCCCGCCAGUGCCUACUUUCAAUCGAACCUCGUAUACGGCUUCGUACCCAAUCAAACCGGCUCCUAUUGCAGUACCUCCGCGUACGCCGAUGCAACAGCAGAUACAACUAAAUCGACCGUAUCAGUACAAGCCAAAGGAGGCAAUGAUGACCACCUGGAAGUCGCCCGUAUACAAUCCAGAUACGCGGAAGAAUCCCAAUUCCCCUGUAGCACAUCAGCCCAACGUCAGCUACGAUCACCGGAUACCAACGUCACCCUAUGGGCAAGCACCAUACCAAGGCUACCACUCCCAUCGUCCGCCACAGCCACAGCCUUCGCAGCAGCAGCAACAGCAACAGUUUCAGUACCACCCAUACGUUCCACCUCAGAGUUACUCCACCUCUACAUGGAAGGCACAGCCCGCGGCAUCUGGACAAGGCCUGCUCAACGGGAUUGAUCAGUAUACUCACACAUCGCAGUCCAACAAGGCUCUACCACCAUAUCCAUACGCACAGAGCCCUCGCCAGAUGCCCAUAUCCCCAUACACCCAAGGUUCAGUUCAAGGUGUGGCUCCGGCGUAUGGUCAACCUGGUCCUCAGGGUCAAGGGCCUUCGCAUAGUCAUGCCUCGAUCUCAAACAUGCUGAGCAACCCAACUGGGACUCCCAAACCUCCAAUGUACGCCAUUGCACCCUCCUCUUCCGUUGUUUAUGCUGCCCAAUCCCCCACUGAAUAUCUUGCCUACGUUAUGAACUACCCAUACCUCAAGAACGCGUACCUCAGGCGAGCAAAAACUUACGUGUCACCUUAUAGUCUGGAUGGUGGAAUUGCACCGGAAUGGAUGCCUAAGCCACCAACCCCGCGCGCCAGCGGCCCACCUACUGCUAUUGCACCGAAGCCUCUGACCCCCGAUGGGCCAACACCGAACCAAGGAUACUAUCAUGGACCUCCACCAACCGGAUUACCUGCGCCUAGGCCAUCAGCGCAAUUCCAAUCUCCGGAUGCUUUCCAGCGUGAGAUGGCACGAGCACCUCAAUCAGCAGAAGCGCCCAAAUGGGAGCAGAUGCUCAAACAACUUGCAACUUCGACAGGCCCAACAGCUAUGCUUGCUGUCGUGGCUGCUUCGCCCCAGGAAUCGCAGCCGCGAUACCCUCCGCCAGGGCCUCGUUCGAGCUUAGCAUACGAGCUACCUAAAAAUAUGCAAGCUGUGCAAACCCAGACGCCGCCUCUCCUGCCGUCACGAGAGCCUCAGCGUCCGACGCCGAGCCCGAUCAGCGAUGACGGAAAGGGUGUUGUAGUUAUGCCUACACAGAAGUCGGUGCUACCACCAUUACAACCGGCACCUAAUCAAGUUCAUGGUGGGGAGACAUGGCGGUACUCGUAG